AUGGCGAGCUCCGGUUGCCCGUUGCGAGCUGAAGCCAAGCCCACGAAUGAUGGAUGUCCCAUGCGUUCGGCGAAUGGUGAGGUGCUGAAUCCUCGAAAUAUGAUGCCUGAGAUGCCACAAACACCUGCUGCCACACAGAGCAUGGACUUGAAGAAAGACCGUGAGGUGUCCUCAAUCCCAAAGACUGGAGAAGCGGGCAACUGGGUCUACCCCUCACCUCAGCAGUUCUACCAUGCGCUGUUGCGCAAGAACAAGGAGGCAGAAGCUGAGGCCAUGGAUGAUGUGGUCUACGCUCACAAUGUCACCAACGAGAGGUCUUGGAAAGCUGUUCUGGACUGGGAAAAGCUGCACUCCAAAUCUUGUCCGACACCAAGCUUACUCCGCUUUGUUGGGCGACAAAAAGAUUUGAGCUGGGGUGGAUGGUGGUCCAAGCAGCUGUCCUACAGAGGUGUGCCCUUUGACAGACAUGACUGGUUUGUGGACCGAUGUGGUCAGCGCACAGUGCGCUACGUGAUUGACUACUACGAUGAUAUUAAAGCAGGUGAUGCAGAAGAUCUGCAAAUCACCGUUGAGGCGAGGCCUGCCAUUGAUACCACAGGAGACUUCUUGGACCGACUCAGAAGACCAGGAUGGCAGUUGAAACGAAUGUGGACAGCCUUCUUUGGGGGAGGCGGAAAAGGCCAAUGA